AUGGGGCAGGCGCACGCGCAGGAGCCUGGCCGUGCGCCCGGCGUGGGUGGAGCCCGUGCGCACAGCGACGCGAGCGGGUCCGGCACCCCACCGCUGCAAACGGGGCAGCUGCACCCGCAUCGCCUUCCGUCCGUCGAGGCGCUGGAGAUGGAGAUUCCCGUCGUGCUCAGCAACUUCCCGCGGGUGCGCCAGCGGGGUGGGGGUGGCAGCGUGAGUGGCCCUUCGCGGCGGGAGACGAUAGAGCGCGGUAAUCCAGUGGGGGUGCCGUUUGACCAGUGGAGCCUCUCGACGAUUGGCGGCGACAGCGCCGCGACGACGCACCGCCGCCGCAAAAAGUACACCACGACGACAGUCACCACGACGACCGUCACAAAAAUUCUGCUCCCGCACAUGCAGCAGGUUGUGGCCUUCCCCGACGCGGACGGGGCGGUGAACCACAACGCCGGCGACUCACAGGCAGUCGCGGUGGCCAUUGAGGGCGGUAGCCGGGCGCUGCGGGAAAAUUCAGGCGAGCUAAAUCGCGUAGAUGGUGCGGCGGUGCUGCGCGGCCCCGGUCACAGCAUCGAGAAACGCCAGCUAUCACCUAAGGAGGGGACGCCGGCGUCGAGGCCGCUUCAGCCCGCGCGCAGAAACCGGUCCUCGCGAGGUCAGCCCAAUGAAAACGGUGCUAACUCCACAAACAACGGCAAAGGCGUACUGCCCGACAUCGCAUCCUUGAAAGUCUAUCGGCUCGAGUCAGAGGAGCCGACGCCGCGUGAGGACGCCGCAGCUAGGCAGCCGCCGGAUGAAGGAAGCUACGCGAUGGCGCCACAGCAGCCGUGGCUAUACAGCCAACAAACCUUUGGGAAGACAGCCGUGACCCAUCAUGGAUCAUCACUGCCUCGGCUGCCAGAUGCGGGAAACCAACGCGGGCCAAGUCCCGGGAGCUUACCGGGUGCGUCCGCGGAUUAUAAAGGACACAAUGAAGGAGGAAGCCUCGUGGGGCCGCAGUCUGUGGCAACACCGCCAAAUCCACGACAGUUGCAGCCUAUUGCGUACCACGCCCACCACAGAGGGAUACAGCUAAGCCAUGAGGCCGAAGCGCCGUGGAUAUUGAGCGAGGAACGGCAGGAAAAUGGGUGGCGAGCAACGGAGUAA